AACAAACAAUUGCUUACGUCACACGGCGCAGUAAAAAAUUUGACAGCUAUAAAUUCGUGGUAGCAAUCAAUGUGAAUAGAGAAACAAUUUAUUUUACCCGUAUAAUUUUGUAUUUAAAUAACAAAAUGAAGUGUGUUGUGAAAAACUGUGUCAAUGAUAGAAGAAACAAAAAUGUGAAGAAAACAUUUUUUAUGUUUCCGAACGACAAAGGACAGCAAAAAAAGUGGAUCCAAUUUUGCAGAAAUAAUCAAGCAUUUAAGCCGAAAACAUGGCGAAUUUGCAUGGAUCACUUCAACGAUGAAGACAUUAUUGGAAACGGGAUGUACGAAAUGGGCCUUGCCGCCAAAAGGACUUUGAAACCAGGAGCUAUUCCCUGUCGCUAUAACGUUGCAGCUAGUGAAAAUGAGCAGCGAGCCACCAGAGCUGAGCGCAGGGAAAAUAAGAAAAUAGUGACUUCAUUUCUGAUAAAUGUUGACCAACCUCAAGAAGUGCGAGAACAGUGUAUACCUGCUGAAGAUUUUAACGUGACUGAGGAUUGUGUAGACAUUUCAAUGGAAAAUAGUUUCAAUGAAUUGUGCACGGAAGAUGCUGCUAUUAAAGAAAGUUCAGGCCAAGGAGACAAAAUAAAAAUGCUAGAGAAAAAAGUAAAACUACUUCAAACUGAAAAUAAAAAACUUAAAGAUGAUUUUUCGCAUGCCAAGCGCAAACUUGAAUAUGAAAUAAGCGAGUUAAAAGUAAAACUAGCUAAAUCUGAGUUUUACUACAAAAAUGUUGAAGAAAAGUUAAAGGGGAUUUUUACGGACGGUCAGAUAAAAAAAUUGAAAAACGGAUCCAAAAGGCAAAUUUGGACGCAGACUGACAUAGCCAACUCCAUUACACUAUAUUCUGCUAGUGCAAAAGGAUAUAGGCUUUUAAGAAGAAGUAAUUUUCCGCUUCCAGCAGUUCGCACGCUUCAGUCAUGGGCUCAGAAGCUGGAAAUAGACCGCGGCAUUUUAAAGCGAAGAACAAAAACUUUGCGUUUUAAGUUUCGACGAAGCCAAGCUAGGAGAAGUUUUUUGUUACGACAAAGUAUCCGAUACUGUCUUACCACCUGUUAAGAAUGUUCAAGUCGGAAUGCUUAGAGGUCUUGUUGGAAAUUGGAAACAACCAAUUUUUUACGAUUUUGACCGCAAUAUGACGACAGAUAUUAUUAACGAUAUAAUUAAAAUAGCGAAAAACUGUGAAUACAACGUUGUUUGUAUUGUUUGCGAUUUAGGUGGAACCAACAGAAGCCUUUUAAAUAGCUUAAAUAUUAGCACAGAAAAACCAUGGUAGGUGCAUUUAUUAAGCUGACUAUUUGCAAUUCUUUGUAACUCUAUCAUUCUUGGAUUUAUAUAAUGUUAAAAAUGCAAGUAAACAGUGCACAGCUGAUUGAAUGAGCUACCCACCGCUUGGAGACUUUCUAAAUGAUAGUCGCGGGCAAUAAAUAGUUCUGCUUUUAUAAAUUAACUUUUGAUUUAAUUAUUUAGUUUAAAAGUAAAUAAAUAAAAAUAAUUAAAAAA